UUGGAGUGAGCUCAGUUGAAAUGUUUAUAGUAAAAGUAGUAUUCAGUGAGAGUUUAUCAUUGAACAUGCUGAGUCUAUUCUGUCUGUUUAGUUUCACUCCAUCAUCAUCAUGAUCAUCAUCCAAAUUAUCACCAAAAGCAAGCUCUAAUUGAAUGCGAAACAUCAACAAGCAAAGAACAACAUUUGUUUUUCCUCUCUUCUUCUCUUUUCUUCUCCGUCUUUCCUCUUGUCUCCAAUGUUCAAUUGUCUAGAUAAUUGUGAUUAACUUCAAUUGUUUUUGCAAAUAAUGUACCAACUAAACCGCACAACAACCAACAAAGUGUUUCUUUACGUUUAAAUGUUCCUCUGAAAAAAACAAAACACAACAUCAACCAACAUUAGCAUAACAAAAGGAUAUUUUUUAAGACCAAAUCAACAGUUAAAUGUAAUCAAUGUGAAUCAUGUUCAUCACUCACCAUAAAAUUUAUAAUGUGUUACACUUGAAUGUUUUCCCGUGAAAUGAUAUGGAUCCACUUCAACAUGGAUUUAAAGUGAUUUGCAUCAAUUAAAUUGGAAACUUGAAUUGUGCCAAAGAGUCAAAUUGAGCUUUGUUUAUCCCUCAUCCUAUCCAAAGUGGAUCAAGAUGCAGUUAAUCAGCAGCUAUUCAAAUAUCAGUGUUGAUAUUGAGACUCCAAUUUAUGACAAUUUAACAUCAAAUCUAAUCUGUUUCAAAGAGCAUGGAAAUUAUUCAUCGUGCUGGUUUGAAGAGGAAUUACAGUCAAACAUUAUUCCUCGUCCCUAUGAAUGGAUUUUUAUAACUCUUCAUACUCUAGUCUUUAUCAUUGGAUUAACUGGAAAUGCGUUGAUUUGCCUUUUUGUCUACCGUAAUCGCCACCUACGAAAUGUUACAAAUUACUUUAUCGUCAAUCUUGCUGUUGCCGAUUUCCUGGUAAUAUUAAUUUGCUUGCCACCCACAGUUUUAUGGGAUAUAACCAACACCUGGUUCUUUGGUGACCUCAUGUGCAAAUUGGUCGUCUAUUUUCAGUUUGUCUCUGUCUCUGUUUCCGUAUUAACCUUAACCUUUAUAUCAGUUGAUCGAUGGUAUGCAAUAUGUCGUCCUCUUAAAUUCAAAAGUACCAUAACCAAGACUCGAGUAGCAAUUAUAUUCAUAUGGAUUUCCUCAUUGGCAAUCAACCUUCCCGAUUUAAUUCAUCUACAAACAAUCAGCCCAUUUCACCGAAACGAGACCAUCUACUAUACCGAUUGUGUCCAUGACUGGUCCGAAGAGACGGAAAAAAUUUACCAAUUAUGGAUUGUAACUACUUAUUUUAUCCUACCAAUCAUCUUAAUGUCCGUUGCCUAUCACCAGAUUGCUAUUGUUUUAUGGAACAAGAACAUACCUGGCUCAUGUGAAACUGGCCAACAUCAUCACUAUUCAAACCGUCAUUCUAAUCACAAUAGUCAUAAUCAUUCACAGGAUAAUCAUCCUGAUGCAUCUUCCAUUGAGAUGAAUUCAACAAUAGCCAAAAGAUCCGAUUGCGUCCAAGGAACUCGUUCAAAAAGUAAACCAAGCUACAAAUCAAGUGUUGAAAAUUCGCACUUCGGUGCUUCAACAAACGGUGGGAACAGUAGGACAGUUACAAAAAAUACAUCAAAAUAUCCUUACGAUUCUCAAGUAACAUCACGCCAAAGGGUUGCCAAGAUGUUAAUUGCUGUUGUCAUAAUGUUUGGUCUAUGUUAUCUUCCUGUUCAUGUCCUUAACACAUUAAGAUGUUUCAUUGCGAUUCCCCAAAACGAUGUUAUAAGCAUCCUUUCAUUGUCUUCCCAUUGGCUUUGUUAUGCCAACAGCGCAAUUAAUCCUAUUAUUUAUAACUUUAUGAGUGCUAAAUUUCGUAAAGAGUUUCAAACGACUUUCCAAAAUUUGUGUGGAUUAAAGUUUUGCAGGAAAAAACGUCGCCAUCAAGGUUCCAUGGAGAGUGCAACAAGAAGACAAAUUUUCAAACGAUAACAUUCCAUUCGACGGUGAACAUUAUUUACUGAAUAUUCCCAAGUGAAGAUGGACGAUAACGAUGUUAUUUUGCUGAUUUUUGGAUAUAAAAUCAAGAUGCAGCUUUUCAAAGAGCAGAUUUGAUGGCAUUCUAACACGAAUUGCAGCUCUUCAAACCUCUCCAAACAAGACUGAAUUUGGAAACAAUAAAUGAUGGAUUCACUGCUCUUUCAAAACUGUUACAAUCAGGAGUUGAUUAAAGUCAUUUGAUAUCAAGGAAUUGGUUAUGUAAACAUUGGAAGCGGCAGUUGUAUCAAAUCAUAUUUGGUUGGUAGGAUCUCAUGUUGCCUGUUUAAGUUGACCAAUUUCAUUUACGUUCAGGUGUUCAUUAAUUGUUGUAAUUGCUGAUUGAUUAAGCAACAUUAUCUGUGAUAAAAUUUUCAAUACUGAAUGCUUUUUGAAGAAAACUAUCAAACUAAUGGAUAAAGAAAAUAAUUUUUGAUUGAAUCAAUUAA